UCCUCCUGUUGUAGUUGACAACUUCAAAUACCCCCCGAUCCCAUCCCCACCACCCUACCUAUAUCAUCCAAUAAAAACCCAUCACAUUUUCCACACCAUCAAGAACUUCUUCCUUCCACAUGACCCAUCUGCUAGAUUCCCAUCACAGGAGCUUCUUUUGCAUCCCAAAAGCUCGCCCAUUUCACUGAUCAGGCUUGCAAAUCAUAGCGUCGAAAGAUGGAGAGUGAUCACUCCAAAGAAAUAAUGGAAGCCACCAACAAUGACAGGGAGUUCAAGGACAUGUUGCCGGUGAUGGCAGAGAAGCUCGACGUAGAGACUUUCGUGUCGGAGUUAUGUGGCGGAUUCAGGCUCUUGGCAGAACCUGGAAGUGGUUUGAUUACAUCAGAAAGCCUGAGAAAGAAUUCAGCACUUCUAGGAAUGGAGGGAAUGAGCAUGGAAGACUCGGAGGCGAUGGUAAAAGAGGGAGAUCUCGACGGUGACGGUGCCCUUAACCAGACAGAGUUUUGCAUCCUGAUGGUGAGGCUCAGCCCUGGAUUGAUGGAAGAUGCGGAGGCUUGGCUUCAGAAGGCCCUCGAUGAGGAGCUUGCCAAAUCUUCUAGUCAAACUCGUGUUCCUUCAACAAGUUCAGGAGAAUUUUCCAAUCUCUAAGCGUCGUUCGCCUGCGUUUACAUGUAAACGAGUUUGUAACAAAGGCGAUAGAACGACUCAUCGCAUUUCUUUACAUCAUGCAUGGUGCUUCCAGUGGAAUAAGUUGAAAGGAGUAUAGGACUAUGUGAACCUCGUGUUGACUCUCCCUAUUCCUGCAUUUACAGCUAUUGACAAUGGCCAAAAGCUCGUUACGGCUCAUUUUUCUCCA